AUGUCAAACUUUGGAGGUUUCUAUUUUUAGCUCGACACCUGCCCAUACGUAUAUAUUCAUUAGAGAUCUAGAUCAACUGAAUUAACACCAAAACAUUUGAAAAACAAAAAGGUCUUAAAGUUUAUAUACAACAUAAAGGAAAUAACGGUUCUAGCAAAUCUGUUUAUUUGAUGUGCUGGCAAUGUUAUGUGUUUAAAAAUGUCAUUCCGAACAGAAGCUUAAGGAACAUUGGAUACUUUAAGGAACAUUGGACACUUUAAGGAACAUUGUCACGUUCAUACUACACUAUAAAAGUUUGUAUCGACGCUAUUAGUCUAGGGAGCAUUGGUCAAGUGUCAACGGUCUGGUUCCGACGACGUUCAUUGACGUCAGAUCAAGGCUUAGUAAUGGAAACAUUGCCAACGGUUUGUCAAGCCAGGAACGAGCAGACAGUUACAAACAUUUGUGACCAAUCAGAUGAAGAAACACGUGACAACGUAUGACACGUGGAUCAGAUCAACACGUCAGCGACAGACGAGAGCCCCUGCUAUGUCAAACGCAACACACCACGAAGUGCACAGCGAAACACCUCUGUUCACUGGAGAGCGGGGGAACUCGUCCCCGACAAACGCUAACUCCACUGGCGACAGCAACAUCUUGUUCAUCUCUGUAAUUGCUCUGUCAGUGCUAGUCACGCUGCUUAUCGUGAUCAUCAUCUAUCUUCAGCGUAAGAAAAUAAAAAGAGUCUGCCUUCCCACAAUUCCAGACAAUGUCGACCAAACAGCUACGAUGGAGGAGGUAACUGAAGAUCAAAGUAAUCAAGAAUUCACUCCCCUUAGUUCUGAAGACGUCGUCACCAGAAAUGAAACGUUGAGACUGGAUAUAGAGACAGAGAGUAUCGCGUCUGACAGCAUCAAUGUCACUGACCUAUACAAACUGUUUGACCUACUUAUAGACGUGUUGGAACCUUCAGGAUGUGUCAAACUCUUCUUGAACCUUGACCCCGACGGGAACUUUAAUGAUGUUCUCUCCCAGCGUAACUACAAAACCUGUUUUCAGUUUUUCGUCGACUGGACUUCUAAGCAUUCCAAUGCCAACCAUGGCGAUAUCUUAAAACGAAGUCUAGCACAGACUGGCUACAAACUUCCGCCGGAAGACGAAUUUUAUGACGUCAGUUCUGAAAAUCAGGACGAUGGCGUCAUCAUUUCAAAACUAUUAGUCUCUCUGGCCAAAUCGCGCUUGCUUAAAUACGAAUUUGGCCAGUUUUGUUUGAGACUCGCUGGCCGAUUGAGCGUCACUCAAAUCUGGCAAGUCACAGAGGAAAUGAAAUUGACGACUGUAAUGAGGCUCAAGGCGCAGUUUGGGAGCAUCGAUGCCGCUUUUGCUCAGACCCUGACCGAGUGGGGACUUCGUUCUCCAGGCUCGUCGUCUGGAGGCAGUGAAUGGGACAAACUGAUGCUGCUGAAAAGUUCAUUGCAGGAGUCUUGUGGGAAAGAGGCGGAGGUGGUGUUUGAAGAAUGCGCUGCAGAUAUAGUAGAUUUUCUCAAACGUUAUUCAUUGGAUGAAGGCCAUAAUAACUAAAUAUACAACUUGCUAUGAUAUAAACAAGAGAUGUUUACAUAAAAAAAAAAAACUG